GGUGAACCCUCCAACAUUCAACAAUAUCCUAUGGAGCAUCUCGGAUCCGAAAGGAUUUCAUUUUAUCCAUGAAAAAAGAAUGAUGAGAAGAUAUUGGGUCGCUAUAAUCCAUUUCGUUUCAGGAUCCCUUAUAGUCUUACUGCAUUACGUUAUUUUUUCGAAUUUGAUUAUACCAUAUGCUUGAACUCUUAUGGCCUAAAUAUCACGCCUGCGGAGGAGCGCUUGAACUUCCUCAGAGAACACCACCUAUUAUAUGCCGACAUCCUCGAGGCUUUAAAUGGAGAUAAUAAUGCAGAGUCAAGACAUCAGACGAAAAUAUACACAGACAGAAUGUAUCAGAGUGCUGGAAUUCAGACCAGACAUUUGAAACUUCCACGGAGUGAGAGUGCUCACAUCAAUUUCCGACUUUCACUGCUCGCUUAUCUGGCCCUGGAUAUAGUUAGAUCUGAUGAGGAAGCCAUUUCCACCGCCGCUAGAGUUAAAGUCUUAAAGCUGCUUUAUAGUUUUGAUAUCGACUCCGUCGCCGCGGCAUUCUCUGCUUACAACGAAGGCUUCUUGUUGAACGAGUCAGAGUUCGUGGAAGACUUGAUUCCCGGAUCGUUUAUCAAGCAUGCGACGGAAAAAGGGGGAACACCCCAGAAUGAUCUUUUCAUCCGAAAUUCCACAAUCCGGAGUAUAUUUCGCAUGCAGCCGCUGUACGGCCAGAUCGAUUUCGAUGGAGGACUAUCUAUGUUACUUCACCACUACCAAGCUGAGACUGUGCAGAUCUUACUGAGUUUCUUACGCCUCAACGUGGCAGUCGUGGCGCUGCCCAACAAACCCAGCUUCAUGGGCGAUGAUUAUGCAAAAAGAAACCGCGAAUCAAUAAAACUUGUUUUUCAUUUGCUAGUUCAACUAAGCCAACUGGAUUGGAUACAGAAAAGAGAGUUGUUCGGUAUUAAGGCAAGCUACCGUACAAGUACCAAAAACGCCAGACCGUCUAGUUUCCAAUCUCGCGUUGGUGCUACAACUGGCGUUGGAGGAGUUUGCGAUGAACUGGAAUCCUUUUCCAAAGAGUCUUUGAUCGCUCUGGUUCGCCAACAGCGAGCAUACAUCGAGCGCUUGGAAGAAUUGCCCCCAUCAUUGACCACGAAGCCAACCACAACGAAGCUAUCAUUCGGUGAUCCAAAAGGAUAUUUCUAGAUAUUUGGCCUCGAUCCUAGAACUUCAGAGAACAUUGAUGAGAUUUUAGCCCCCUAUUAUCGUGCUUUAGCAUUAAAAUGGUACCCGGACAAAAGUGGCGAUAACCCCAAGAAAACUCAGAAGUUUAAGAAGCUCCAGGCCGCAUACGAGGUACUUUCAGAUCCUGAACAACGCAAUCGUUACUUGAAUUCUUGCCUUUUCUAAAGCGGGAAGAGUUGAGAAGAUGAUGUUCUAUCAGCAUAAUCUCCAUCGACUAGCGGACCAUGCAACUUGUCCGACAAAAAGUAUAUUGGCUUGGUGUUGCAUCUGUCAACCGAAAACAGAUUAAUUCGAGAUUGAAGUUCUGUAUACCAUAGAUUUAAAGCAUAUUUUAACCUCAAGUAUUGCAUUCCGAUACAUAAAGCUCUCUUCGCUAACCCUAAAAUUGGC